ACACCCUUGUGCCCCAUGGGCUCUCUGUCUCCCACCAGGACCAUUCGCCUCUGGGGACCUCGGAGCCUGGGGGUGGCUCUGGGUGUCUUCAUGACCAUCGGAUUUGCCCUCCAGCUCUGGGGCGGCCCUUUCCAGAAAAGACUCCCCGAGGUGCAGUUGCAGUUUCGACAGCCCUGGACCCCAUCUCCGGACCCUAUGCUUCAGUCAUGUCCACCCCGGCAGCACCUGGUGUUUCUGAAGACCCACAAAUCUGGAAGCAGCUCAGUGCUAAACCUGCUGCAUCGCUACGGGGACCAGCAUGGACUGCGCUUUGCCCUUCCCACCCGCUACCAAUUCGGCUACCCCAGGCUCUUUCAGGCCUCCCGGGUCAAAGGCUAUCAACCAGAGGAUGGGGGCACCCAGCCCCCCUUCCACAUUCUCUGUCAUCACAUGAGGUUCAACCUGAAAGAGGUGCUUCGGGUCAUGCCUUCCGACAGUUUCUUCUUCUCCAUUGUCCGAGACCCAGCUGCUCUUGCCCGCUCUGCCUUCUCUUACUAUAAAUCCACCUCAUCAGCUUUCCGAAAGGCCCCAUCCCUGGCAGCCUUCCUGGCUAAUCCCCGAACCUUCUACCGUCCAGGGGCCCGGGGUGAUCAUUAUGCCCGCAACUUGCUCUGGUUUGACUUUGGCCUCCCCUUCCCCCCAGAGUCGAAGAUCACUAAAGGGAAUCCUUAUGCUGCCCAGGACCCCAGCUCUCUGCAGCUUCGGGUCUUGCCAUCCAGAGGCGGCCCCCGAGCCCACACGCUGGACCCCAACAUUUUGGUCCAUCCAGCCACUCCAGGGGCUCCAGGUCAUAGUCAGAUGGCCAGCACUGCCUCUCUUGAUCCAGGGUCUUCUUCGUUCAUCCAGUGGAGUCUGGACUGGCUGGAUUCGGUCUUUGACCUAGUCAUGGUGGCAGAAUACUUUGAUGAGUCAUUGGUUUUGCUUGCUGACGCCCUGUGCUGGGGUCUGGACGACGUGGUGGGCUUCAUGCAUAACGCCCAGGCCAGAGGUCAGCCGGGCCUCAGUGAUGGGGCUGGUGGGCUGACCGCUGAGGACAGGCAGUUGAAUGCCCGGGCCCGCGCCUGGAAUAACCUGGACUGGGCCCUGUACGUUCACUUCAACCACAGUCUCUGGGCCCGGAUUAAACAGUAUGGCCAGAGCCGGCUGCAGAACGCUGUGGCCGAGUUGCGGGCCCGCCGGGACGCCCUGGCUGAACAUUGUCUGGUGGGGGGUGAGGCUGUAGAUCCCAAAUAUAUCACCGACCGAAAGUUCCGCCCUUUCCAAUUUGGGUCGGGCAAGGUUCUGGGCUAUGUGCUCCGCAGUAAUCUGAGCCUCAGAGACCGGGAGGAGUGUGAGCGCCUGGCCACCCCAGAGCUGCAGUACAAGGACAAGCUGGAUGCCAAGCAGUUCCCACCCCCGGCGUCGGUGCCGCUUAAGGUUUCCAGGCUCAUUUCUCCGUAGACACUACCAGAUGACUAACCCCGGG